UGGAAAAUACAGUUUGACCUACUUACUUCUGCUCGGUAGCUUUUUCUUUCAUUCAUGAAUGUCGGUGGUUCUAUUAACAUAAUCUAGCUAGUGAACGAGGCCAACAUAUGACUCACUCCACGCUCGGAAUGACAGCGACUGAGAGUGACAAUUAGCUGUGAUGUAAUUUGUCGGAGUGAGAAACUGCUGCAUGCUAAAAUAUGGCAGCUAUUUGGCGUCUGCUUUGAUUCGGAGGAAGUGCGAGUCUGCUGCUGAUGAAGAUGAUAUCACAUGAGGAAUGCCGAGUUGCAAGAUAAGACUUGACAGCUGAUUGCAACUGCAGUAUUCAUACAUAUCUCCAAGCAUAAUGGAGACGGGGAAGGUAAAGAAGAUCAAGUUCGGCACAGACACAUAUCACGGCUCGUCGUAUGAAGAUGUGCCCCUGGUGCAGCUGGAGGAGCUGGAGGAGGAGCUGUUUGCCAGCUACACCGGACCGGACAAGGGGCUCGCGGAUGUGGAUGACAAGGAUGAGAACAAUGGCAAUGUGAAGAAGGUCGCAGGCUGCUGGUCAUGGAACAAGAAGGAGCAGCAGGCGUAUGGCAUCUGUAUCUCCUUGUAUGAGCAGCACCCUAUCAAUGGCAAGAUGUCAGGUGACCCAGUUGCUGAUGCCUUCGCGAUCUGUGCCAGGAAGAAUAACACAGUCCUGCUGAUCGCUGAUGGCGUCAACUGGGGGGAAAAGUCCAGGCUGGCUGCUCGCUGUGCUCUGUUUGGCAGCAUGAACUUCAUCAACAAGAGGAUAUUCGAGGACAAAAGAACACCCUUGUCAACACAGGAUGUUCUGCAGUUGUUGCGACGUUCAUUCAACGAAGCUCAUCGUAUCAUUCUAGAGAAAGAAGGCGGUCUCACAACGAUGUGUGCCUGUAUGAUUUGCCCAGUAGCCAACUCUGAUGAACAUGCUGUGUGCUGUGUGAAUGUUGGAGAUAGUUUUGGAUUUGUCUUCAGUCAUAACAACGGCAUACGGGAAGUGACGAUAGGGUCACAUGAUGUUUCCUCUGAGCGAGACAUCCGUGAUGCAGGAGGAGCUUUGGGUCCAGUGGAUGGCAAAAACCCAGAACUGCAUAAUUUGACUUAUUCUCUGACCUUUUGUCGAGCUGGAGAUGUUGUGUUCCUCACCACAGACGGGAUCUCGGACAAUUUUGAUCCGGUUGUGACUAAGAUAGCGCUUCCUCGUAGAUCUAAUGAUGACAACUUUAACAACAUGUCCCCUGAUUCUCCCCAUGCUGCCAUGCAUGCAAAACCCGAGAUGGAACCCAGAGAGAGACAUAUAUAUUCAAUGAAGGAGAUGGAGCGUGUGGUUCAUGAGUAUGAACUCAUCACAGAGGAGAACUGUUCUGCGCAAGAGCUGUGCGGAGCUAUGGUGCAGCAUGUCCUCAUGCUUACUGAUGGAAAACGCAAGAUUCUUGAAAACCCUGCAUUAUACGCUCGACGGAGAAUGACUGCAACAGAGCGGAAAAGACGUGAUUCUGAAAUAGUUGAGAAAAUGUCCAAAGCUCCUGGGAAACUAGAUCAUGCAUCCAUAGUUGCUAUAGAAGUUGGUGCUUUUGAUUCGGUGGAUGAAGAGAAUGAGGAGAAUGUGUUCCCUGUUGAUAAUACAACUACCUCUGACUGUAACCCUGUCAUUGCAGGUCCUCAGACUCUCCCUCUGCCUAGCCCCACACAUGCAACCUCACCACUCUCACCAACAUCACCAAACUCAAAAAAAUCCGGACCAAAGAAGUUUUUUGCUAAGCUGAAGAAUAUCCCAUCUCCAACUCUUCCUUCUCCAAGUCGUUCCACCCCAUCCUCCCUCCAAAUCUCCCCCCGGAAGUCCCGACAUCGUUGGGGACGUUCACGGCAUGAAUCUGAAUCUGGAGUGCCCACAUCCCCAACUGUUCCUCAAUCUCCAACAAUACCUGAAUCUCCACUAGAGGCAGAGUAUGACCCUGCCAGACACUUGUGCUCCCCGAAAACUAAGAACAAAGGAAAAGACUACCAAAGAAGUGUAUCUUGUGAAUCUGCUCUGUAGACUGAUGGUGACAUUAUGAUCUCUACCAGAAGGUAAACAUGCUAGGUAGAUAUGUAUCUGAUGUUUCUCUGAGUAUUAUUCACUAAUUGUACUAAAGAUGUUUUAAAAUAUAUUAGGGAGUCCUUGUUUGAGAAGUUAAAAUAAUAUUUGUACAUUACAAUAACAAGUUAUUGACAGUGGGUUAAAACGAAUAAUAUAUGUGCCAGACUGCAGUGUGUCAGUUACGGUAUUUGAUUUAUCACUAGAUGAGCUGUGACCCUUAUUUUAGAGAGUGCCUGUGAAGUAACAUGGUUGAGGUAUGGCAAUACAGAUGCUGAUUCAUUUACUGAAUUGAUGCAGAUAUUCCAGGUCGAACAAAUAUCUUUGUCUACCAGACAAAAUGCAAGUUUACAUUAAAAAUCAACUUCAAACUGAUGAUGUCAAUCCAGCUAGUGAAAGACAUGAAAUGUCAGUCUUCUUAAUUUAAACAGAAAUUGAUGAAAUAUUUUCUGCAUCAGAGGAUUUUUUUCCAGAUAUGCCGAACAGAAAAAAACGUAUUCUACUGUUUUGCAUCUGAUUAGCAAAUCAUCUGAGAGACCAGUGAUAUUCUGUUGGCAUUGUUGCAUUGGCUACCAGAAAAACUUGUAAUUGUUGAACCUUGAUACUACCAGGAGUUAUUGUUAAUUAUAGUAUUAGUAAGAUAUCAGAAAACAUUAGGGUGGACAGUUUUCAUCGUACUAAUUUCUGAUUAGUUGCCAAGGUCCUUUAACAAAUGUUCAAUAUUAAAAGUGUCAAAACAGUGAUAAUCCUCAUGCUGAUGAUAUACUACUCAAAAUUUGUUAGGAACCACCCAAUUCUUUCAUAUUACUAAAGUUGAUCUGUCAUGAUGACAUAAUGGAUUAACUAUUGUAAUAUGAAAGAAUCGAGUGGUCCUUAACGUGUUGGUGAGUAGUAUAGAUAAAGCCAGGAAUGAUUUUCAAAUACCAGCAUCAGACCAAGUAUAGGUAUCUGUCUAGUGUCUAUAUAACACAUUUGUUUAUGAUAGAGAUUGUGAUUAUUAAAUAUUAGCUGAUAGUAAAGGACUGUCUUGUGACAGUGAUAAUAUAUUGAUGUUGUGAUUAGUUGUAGUGAGGUGAUGAAAAAUAUAUCUGUAAAAAUUGAGACAACCCAAGAAUACUGGUCAUCAUAUGUGCCAAUGUACAUGAUGUAGGGUAUAACAAGUUUCUAUGGAGAAGAAGAAUAUAACUAAGUUCUUUGUAGGGGGUGAAUACAAACCAGUCUCACUUAAAUCAGAUCUUAGUGCUUGCUACUGCUACCUAUAGGUCUGAGGGAAUCACAUUACAGGUCUUGUCAGAAUGGACUUUCAUCCAACCAAUCAGAGCAUUGCUUACGAGAUGGUUCGAUUGUGUUUUCGUAUGCUACCUCAAAUAGUUUAGCAUUCGGCAUAUCACUUCAAUGGGAUAAACAUUUACAAAAGAAGAGAGUGUCCAUAGCCUGUACUGCGGUACAAUCUUGGCACUCACUGUCAUACAGACCCUGAUACAAAUAUGUCCAAUGCAGCCCAUGCAAGUCUAUAAUGUUUGGCAAGUCUAGAUUACUGCAGUUUCAGUUUGAAAGUGAAGAGAGUCUUAGGGCUCCUUUUUAUUAUAUUUUUACUAAGAUAAUUUAACAACUGUUUUUUUCUGUAAGAUAGGUUCAUUUCAGAAACUAGAUAUGAGUCUAAAUCUUGGCAAUCUACAAGACAUUCCAGAAUGUUCUUUUGUUCAGUUUUCAAAUUUUGAAUUGAGAACUUUGUCAAAAUAUUCCUUGAAGCAUAGCCUGGACUGGAAGUAACUUUUUUCAAACUAGCAUCACAAGUCCUGAGGAAGGUGCUUUCUGAUUGGCUUAUGUACACUUCUUUCGUGGUCAAAGUUCGCGAAAGGCUGUCCUGCCUCGACCUGUAAUGGAAUGUACUCAGAUAUUUGUGUAACGAUAGCGAGCACAAGAUCUGAUUUUAAUGAGACUAGAAAGAAAACAUGAUCGUAUUUGAAAUAUGUGUACUUUAUAGCAUGUAUUUAGUAUUAACACAUAAUGAAAUGUUAUCAAACAGAUUGUCAGAAAAGGAUUUACUGUUCAGAUCUUGCAGAUUGACGAGAAGAUGUAUGCAACAAAUACUGGUGUCACAUGAUUGUAAUGUGUAGUGUAACUCAGGUGGACUAUCUGGUUGACUGGGUCACAAGUGUUGUAAGGCUUGGUAAUACAAAGCAAAUAACUCUUGAUUUGCUCAACCUCAAACAUCUAAAGUUUGUGGGUUUGUGCAUACACAGGUUUGGUAGUUUUUCAUAAAAGUUUAAUCUAUAGUAUUGAACUUUUAUAAAUAUUUUACCAACAUAUGAAUAAAAUAUUUAUCUGCAAGAUUAUCAUUAUUUCUCAAUGUUAGGGUGAGGAUUUGUAAGUUAAAUUCUUAAAAAUAUGCAAAUUUACAUAUUUCAGUGGUCAGUGACUUUUGAUUGAUGACAUUGUACAGUGUUAGGGGGUUACACAGCCAGGUUGCAAUGCUGUGACAUAUAAAGAACAUUGAAGGGCUGCUUUCAUUCGGUAAGCAAUUCGUGACAUAUCGUAAAAUGGGAUCUAAUUAAAUUUUUGUACAGUUCAUUUCCUCGUACUUUUGAUGAUUUGACUAUUAAUCUGCGAUUCUCGGCUUGUAUUUGCAAUAUUUUGACUUAAUAAAGCGUUAACUUAAGGCAAGCAUGCACCAGUAUACAUGUACUCCUCUGUAUUACCAGUCUUUUGAUGACCAGGGUCCCGUUCCACAAUCUGAUCUUAGCGCUGGGACUGUCGUAAGUCAAUGUUAAAGCAUGGGAGUGACAAUCAUCUUAGUGCUAAGAUCACUUUGGGGAAUGGCACCUAGUUCUGUUAGUGACCUCGCAAUGUCAGUAUUGGCAAACAACAAGAGAGGGAAGAUGAAACCUCGGUGUCCAGUAUGUAAUUUGUAAACAGUAUGGACAGGUGUACCAAAGAAAAAACCAAACGUGUUCAAGAACACAGAAAUUUGUUUGCUAUUUGUCUAUAUGGCACACUGAACUAUCGACUAGCAGACAUAUCACAUGCAUAUUAGUACAUUUUGUGAACUAAACCUAUUCGCUGGGUUGAGUGCAAGUAAGCAACAGCUAGACUGCAUAUCUUCAUUUUCUGAAUAUUUUGUCGACUCGUACACAACCUAGCGAAUAGGUUUAGUGUGCAAAAUCUACUCAUAUUCAUGAUAAUUCUGCUGGUUGAUAUUUUAGUGUGCAAAAUAGACAAAUAGCACCACAUUUCUGUUUUUGAACACAUAGUAGUUUUUUUUCUUUGGUAUGCCUGAUGGAGCAAUUUACCAUGCUCACUGAAUUCUUGUGAUAUCCUUUACCAAAGCUACAAAGAGUAACAGUAGCUAAAAAAACGUCUACUUCUGUGGGAGGUAAUAUUGUUGAUGUUAUUUAUUUCACUGAAAUGUGUAUUUUAAUAUAUAAUUUUAUGCAUUAUUUUCAUUGUCUUAAGUUUACUUGUUUUUUAUUCAGGAACAGUAUUAUCUAUCUGUUAGUGUUGUUGUUGCACGUGGUUCACAGGUUUCUCUAUUACAUCUUAUGGUAACCAUAGAAACAGGGUUCAUGUGAAUUGUUUAUGUUGAAAUAUCUCUGUACCUAUGCAUGCAGGGCUCUAUGUAGAAUACCCAUUAUUUCUUAUACUACUUGAUGAUGACACAGGAAGGAUCUCAUGGACUGAAGAUCUGUGUAGAUGAUUCUUUUGGCAAGAGAUGUAACAUUACUGAACAUGCUGAAAGGGCAGUUCAUAUAUGAAUAUGAUAUAUAAUACAUUGCAAUGUCAUUGAAUCUAGGACCCGUAAAUUAUUUGCUUUUAAUGCUGGGGUUAUGGCAAGGACCUCUUUACUUUCAUGCUUAUUUUCCAACACUGCUACAUUCAUAAGUCACCUUCUUGCAAGAUAGACUUGGUUCAUGUUUCAUACAGCAUGCACACUGAAACUGGUGUUUCACUGAACAUAUUCAUAGCAUAAUAAUCAAGUUUUCAAACAGGCAGUUUGUAUUAAAUGAUAUGUGUAGUUGACCUAGCUUCUUAUUUGAUGGUAGCAAAAGCACAAUAUUCACUAUUCAGGAAAUGAUCUCAUGAUUAUCAGUUAAGCAACUUCUUGCAACCGUGGAUUGGAUGAGAUUAUUGGAACAGUUGAGAUUAAGCACCUGCCAUGACAUGCUGCACAUUUAGAACCAUCUAAGCAAGCCUCUGCACAACUCAUAUCACAUAUAACUUGCAUUGACUUGAUUUGGCUUCCUAUAAGAAUGUAAUAUCUAAGAGAUGAAGCUUGCCAUAUAUAGUUAGAUUUGUUCUGUAUUGUGAUGAUGUCAUGACAAGGACAUGGAAAGUAAGGGGUGUCUAAUUAAUUGGAGCUUUAUACUUUUUAUGCGUAACUAUCAUAAAUAUCUCUCAAAGAUCUGUGAAAAGGGGAUACUUAUACUAAGAAAUUUUAAGAAAUCGAAAUUAUUAGGGAUGUAUGAUAUUAUCAGCAUUUAUAUUCUACAACUGUGUAAUAUUAAGCAUGUUCUAAUGACAUUGUUAUUACUGGAGACGUAUACAUAAUAACCAACUUCUGAAUAUGUUUAUCUUUGUUCCAAGAACAGGGUAACUGCCUUCAUAUUUCUUACAUGAAACUCAGAACCCUUUAUUAAGCGAGAUGUACCGGGUAAGUAUUGCUGCAUCGAUGAACUUAAUCAGCAAGUAAUGAUAUUCAGUUUUGUAAUCUGAAUCAUUGAACCAGAUGAGGAUGAAGCACUGGAUUGUCCUUUUGACAUAUGAUCACAUACUGACAUAAAGUAUUUCAGAUAUGUGUAAAGGUAUCACCAGACAGAUCACGUGAUGAAAUUGUUAAACCAAUUUUACAGGGUGAAAAUAAUUAUUCCAAAUUUUUGUACAUGGUACUAUGUUUAUAGUGUAUAAUAUAUUCGUAACACCUGGGCUAAGCAGACAGCUUGUUGUAUGGGCAUUUCAUUAUGUGUACUAGCAGUUAAACAAGCAUAUGUGCUAAUAACAUUAUUUUCAGUAGCGUUUAGUACUUCACCUUGCUUCACCAAACAAUAUAUUACAAGACUCAGACUUCAGACUAGUGGCUACAGUCAGACUUUCAGUGAGUUUAGUAUGACUCAGAGUGUUUGUUUUGAAAUAAGGUUUUGGUUCCAGGUGAACAGAAGAUGUAUGUGGACAAUUUUCAGGUUUAAGCUGCAAGUGUUAUGGUAACUUGAGUAGGAUGAGUUUUAAAAAUGAGUUAAGAAGGUAGUUCAGAUUUCAGUGGUGUACUGCAUAUUUGGGCAUAUCACUAAGCUGUUUAACAUAGGUUUGUGGUUGUGAAUUAGACAGGACUGAAUACACCAUCAGGUGGGCUUGCUACAAAUAUGACAUUUGUAAGGUUCCCAACAAGACUGGGAAAGUGCCUGUCGUCAGUGUUACAAUGUGUGUGUAAAAUAUCCUAAUCUCCAAAGACAAUCACGUUUCCUAUGCAAAACCUAGCACUUUGGUUGAGCUGUGUACGUUGCAAGUUCUGUUUGUCGUACGCAAUUAGUUUUGUCAUGUGUAAUAUCUGUUUUAUUUACAAUUUCUUCUGUAUUUUUCUAUCUGACAUCAUUGUAUCCUUUUAUAUCUAUUUAUAGUUUGAUCACGUGCGCGUCAACUAUUUUGCAUGGACAGUUGUCUCAGUCCAAUGAUCAGCUUGUAGCAUCAUCUACAUCGUCUUCAGCGGAUACUGUGCGACUUCAUCACAGUGUCAUCCGGGUAACCUAUGGUUAUCACUUAUUGAUCUGCAGUGGAUUUUGAAGUUUUGACCCCUUUGAGUGUGGUGUUCCAACAUAGUUAACAUGAUGUUUGAGUGCUGAAGCAGACCCUUGAAUAAUAGCUAUGACCCAACAAAGAGACUUGUUAUAUACACUUGGAACGGGAGCGGGUCAGAGUUGAAAAACAUAAGGGAAAUGUAAUUUGAAGUCUACAGGCGGCUAUUGCAUUUAGAAACAACACUGUCAUGAAGUCCUGGCCUCACGAAUCUUGGAAGUUUCACCCUGUGUAUUUACUCCGUGACAAUAGCUGGUAUAUGUAUGAGCAAAAACCGGUUACAACAAACUAUUGUUUUUGAAGAUAAUAUACAAUCAUUCCAUUUCAUAGCCAAUAAAAUUGUUACUGAUUA